AUGAAUGACGACUUUUUGAUUGGACUUCCCAAUACAAGACAUGAAUUAAACAACUUUGUUGUCACUGGUAUGGCACCGAGUAUCACAUCUAAUAGAAUUUCAUAUUAUUUUGAUUUAAGAGGACCUUCAAUGACACUAGAUACAGCAUGCUCCUCUGCAUUAGUUGCUGUUCAUCUUGGAUGUCAGUCGAUUCGCUCCGGUGAAAGUGAAAUAGCAAUAUGUGGUGGAGUAAACAGUUUAUUGUCACCAUUGCCUUUUAUGGCACUGAGUAAGGCAAAAAUGAUUUCCCCAACAGGAAAAAGUCGUGCUUUCUCGAAGGAUGCAAAUGGAUAUGUUAGAGGAGAAGGUUGUGGAAUUGUCAUUCUAAAAAACUACAAACAGACUGUAUCGAUCGAUUUAAAAUUUGACUCAUUUUUUAUGCAGGCACAGUUGGAUGGCGACCAGAUUUGGGGUUUGAUCGCAACAGGGUGUAAUCAGGACGGCCAUACGAAUACUCCGAUUACUGCACCAUCAAGCAAACAACAACAGUCACUUCUAACAGAUAUGUACUCUACAUUUAAAGUUGAUCCAGCAACCAUACAGUAUAUUGAAGCACAUGGUACUGGAACUCCAGUUGGCGACCCAAUUGAAGUGAAAGCCUUGGCAACAUUUUUUGCCUCGCAUGUUGAAGGCAAUAAGAUUUUAAUUGGUUCAGUGAAAACAAACAUAGGUCAUCUUGAGUCAUCGGCUGGAACAGCAGGUUUGAUAAAAACUCUUCUCAUGAUGAAACAUAGACAGUUUGUUCCAUCUCUUCAUUUUAAUAAGGACAAUGCAAAUCCUGCCAUUCCCUUUAAUGAUAUCCCGCUACAAGUUACAAUAGAUGUUACAGAUUGGAAAGCCUAUCCUGACGGAUCAAGGAUUGCAUGUGUGAACUCUUUUGGGUUUGGAGGUACAAAUUGUCAUGCAAUUGUAAAACAUAUGCAGAACUCAAGGUCACCACAUACUAAUCAAAGCGAAUACGUUUUGAUUUCCUUUUCUGCAAAUAGUUUGGAAGCUUUAAUGAAAACAACAGAUCACACACAAAAAUGUUUAGCUACGUCUCGAUAUAACCCCAUAGAUCUCUCUUAUACAUCUUUGGUAAAACGGAACCAUUUCACAUUCCGUAUGCAAUGUGUAGCUUCUAAUCAAGAAGAAUUAGAAAAAGAAAUUUUGAGAAAAUCCUCCAAAAUCGAUUCUAGAAAGAUCGAUGGUACAAUAGAAACCAAUCUGGUUUUUCUAUUCUGUGGCGUAGGAACAGUGUGGAAAGGUACAUGUCAGCAGAUGUUAGCUACGUACAAACAUUUCAGAAAAAAGUUUCGAGAGGUAGACGAAGAACUUCAAAAAUAUACUGAUUUUUCUCUGUUUGAUGAAGUUCAAAAACCUGAAGAUAGUAUAGCAAGUGAUCCAUUUAAAGGCCCAUUGAUAAUUUUUGCCUGUCAGGUUUCUUUAUUUCAUUUAUGGACAGUUUUAAAAGUACGACCUAACGUUAUUAUAGGCCAGUCUGUUGGAGAAGUAGCCGCAGCACAUGCUUCUGGAUGCUUAAGUCUAAGUGAUGCAGUGAAGAUAAUAUACCAUCGGUCUUUUCUUUCUGCUAAAGCGAGGGGUGGUUCCAUGAUGGUGAUAGGUAAAUGCAAUGUAAAGGAAAUUCAUUCACUUUGUACAGAAUACAACAAUAAAGUUUGUAUAGCAGUGUACAGUAGCGAAGAAGCUUGUGUCGUUUCUGGAGACAAGGAUGCAAUCCAAGAUAUGAAGUCUAAACUGGAUCAAGAAAUGCCACAUCUUUUAAAGAAGGAACUAGAUGUUGGUUGUGCUUAUCACAGUUAUCACAUGAAUACUGUUAGUAGGGAAAUUGAAAACAAGUUAUUCGAUAUCUCAGGGAAUGCACCAACGAUUAAAUUGAUAUCAACUGUUACAGGUACAACAAUCAAAGAUAAUGCAAUGGGAUUGCCUUCGUACUGGACAAGAAAUUUAACAGAUCCUGUUUUACUUAAGAAAGCAGUUGCAUGUGCCUUACAUAAAAAUAGUAUAAAUGUCAUUGUAGAAAUUGGUCCAAAGCCUGUUGUUAAAGCUCACCUGAAAAAUAUUACAGACUUUCACGCCAUUUCUAUACCAUCUAUGAACCAACCAAAGGAACAAUACACUUUUACCUGUGCUCUUGGUGAUCUGUAUGAGCAUAGAAUACAUGUUAAGUGGAGUAAACUAUUUAAAGGGGACGAAAAUGUUGUUGACAUUCCAAGAUAUAAAUUCUUUCGCGAGGCAAACUUGGUCAAUGCUGAUUCGAUGAAAGCAGGUCUAAGACUGGAGUUCAAGAAAUCAGACAAUCACCCUUUUAUAUCUGAGGCACCAAUGUCAAAGGAUUUUCGAGUUGAUAUAAACCCUAACACCGCGCCUUAUGUAUAUGAACAUCGUGUUCAUGGAAGAAAAAUUGCACCCGGUGCGCUUCAUGCUGAAAUUGGACUAACAGUCGCUACUAGGGUUUUAAGUUUGUCGUUUACUCAAAUUGAACUAGAUUUGCAAUUUAUACGUCCACUAGCUGUAGGUCAAGAUCAAUCUGUUGAAUUACGUGCAAUUAUCACCGACAAUAUAUAUUUCGAAGUUAAAAGAAAUGCAGAUACCAUUUGCAAAGGAAAAAUGAGUAAAGCAGGACGACAAGUUUUGAAGCACAUCAGUCUUUCACAGGUCAAGAAAAGAUGUAAGACUCAAGUCAAGUCAUCAAGUUUCUAUGGCCUUUUAAAAAUAAUUGGAUUUGAGUAUGGUGAAAGUCUUACGGUAAUUGGUGACUGUUUAAAAUCAGAAGACGAAUAUGUUGCAGAAAUGAAUUUACCCCCUUCCAUUUCAAGCUGCUUAAAUAGUCAUAGUUUCCACCCAUCUAUUCUUGAUGGUGCCUUGCAAACGGUCGCUCUUUGUUACGCCAAUAUUCAAGAAAAUGAGUUGCAGAAGAGACCGAUACCAGUCAGAAUUGCCUCCUUAAAGGUUUAUAAACCAAUGGAACCGAAAAUGCAUAUUAUAGGAAAACGUAUGAAAUCAACCUCAAGCGGUAUCAGCUUGAAUCUUUUCAUAGUGAAUGAUGAUGGAGAGAUAGUCAUUGAGAUUAAAGGAUACGAGAUUAAAAACAUCGCACAAGGCGUACCACAGGAGAACAUUAAUGACAAACUCUACAAAAUCAUUUGGAAACCAAUUGACAAUAGCCAUGAGCAAAGUAAUGAAAUAAGAAAAAUAUUUUCUAUAACGUUUACAAAUGAUGCUAAACAGAUAUUAGAAAACAUUUUCAAAGACGAAAAUCACUAUAUUGUAUCUUUGCCAUUUGAUUACGAGAGAAUAACAAUACAAGAACUGUUGGAGGUACUAUUCAAAUACAUGGAAACUAAAUUUGAAAGAACGGAAAAUAUUUCACAUAUUUUGUUCUUUCCCGGACUAUCGUGUAGAUCUAUAGAUCAGAGCACAGAUGAGAUAUUUACUGCUGUAAAAGCAUCGUGUGUUGUACUUGCCAAUUUAAUACAGCAUCUUGUUAAGGAAAGAAUGGGCGAAAUACCAACGUAUAUCAUAACGAAACAAACACAGAUGAUGGUAAACAAUGAAGGUGAAUCUUGGGUUAAUGUUAUAGGAUCUGAGUUAUGGGGCAUGGUGAGAUGUAUUCUGAGGGAGAGAAUAUUAUCAAGUUUACGCUUGAUCGACUUUGAUAAAGAAGCAGACCUUUUUCUACUGAAGGAUAUAGUAUUCAAAUCGGAAAGAGGCGAAUUUAAAAAUAAUCCUGAAUUUAAAAUACAAGGACAGCGUUUGUACAAAAACCAAAUUUUCAAGUGUUUGGUAGAAGAACCAUUCUAUAGAAAGAGCACAUAUAAUUCAAGAGAAAUUGUUGAACUAAGAUCAACUCAUCACGAAACACUGGAAAAUCUUAUAUUUGUGCCAACAAAAGACUAUAUAUAUAAUCACAAAAUGCCCUCUAACCUUGUGAAAAUGAAAGUAACUUCCGCAUUUAUAAGUGAUAUAUGGACACCAAAAACCUCCACACAAGCAGCAGCUGAUUUAAACCCUUGGCUAUUUCAUUCAAAGGAUGGUCAUCAAAUUAUUUCCUCCGAAACGAUCGGCCGUCUAGAGCACGACACCAUUGUGUACACUGAAUCUGCGACAUGUUUUAAUAGUUCCAAGAUUGGCGCGCAAAUUUGCUCAAAGCAUGCAGAAUAUGUGACCUGUUUUCCUUGCGCUGCGUCAAAUGUUAUCAACGUACCUGAUAAAUGCAUUUUAGAAAAAAAACUUUUUCCAAAAUACAUACCAGGAAUGCUUUUAGAAAUUGUCAUGUACUUUGCCCUUGUCGAACAUAUCAAGGAUAAUACUCCAUUGGUAGCAUUCUUGGAUCAAGACAUUUCAUUAAACAGUCAUUUAUUGGAAUGCAUUUUUCAAUACUUCAAAUACAAGUUAAUGUUGUACAGGAAUGUUGAGUCCAUAAAAACAGCAGUAGCAUCCAGUAGAUAUCAAAUUAUUCUUUUGACAACCAAUAUCAAUGAAAUAGAAGAAAUUUUGAACCAGUUGGAAAGUAUGAGAGUCCCUGUCUAUUUCUUUUCCAGUCUAAUGAGCAAAUCCUUAGAAAGAAAUAUUCGUCAUAAAUUUCCAAAUGUAUCUCUCACUCAGAUAAACUGUGACCAGGUACUUUCUCAAGAAACGUUGACAAAUACCAUUCCAAAGGUAAAAAAGUGGUUAUCAUCAAGGCAAAUAAAGAAUAGCUUAGGACAAAUAGAGUUACCUCCAUGUAGGAAUGGACAUAUUUUAUCGUUUGAAAAUUUUUCAAAAAAUACAAAUGAAAUAGUUGCAGAAAGCAUACCUGUGGCAAGAUUCCAAGGACAACUGUUUAGUAAACACGCUCUAUAUAUCAUAAUAGGCGGUCUAACGGGAUUAGGUUGGGAAAUACUUAAAGCGAUCGCUGCAAUUGGUGGAGGAGUGUUAGUGAGUAUUUCCAGAAGACCACCUAAUGAGUUACAACUUCAGAAUAUAGAUAUGGUAAAAAAUAAACAUAGCUGUCAAAUAGAAACUCUUCAAGCUGAUAUUUCAAUUUUUUCUUCCAUAUCGAACGCGUUUGCACAAAUCAGAAAUUCUUUUCCAGAGCAAGAAAUAAAAGGAAUUUUUCAUGGUGCAGCUGUUGUCGAUGAUGCUCUCCUACCUGAUAUGACGGAACAUAAAUUUGAUAAGGUCCUUAGACCAAAAGUUUUAGGCACAUGGAAUCUUCAUCUCUUGUCAAAGGAUUUACCACUUGACUACUUCAUCUUACACUCUUCAAUAACAUCAGCAUUUGGAAACGCUGGUCAGACCAAUUAUGGUGCAGGAAAUUCCUUUAAAGAUUCAAUUGCAAUGUUUAGAAGAGGUAUUGGGCUUCCUGGUCAAACAAUCAAUUGGGGUGCUCUGAAAUUAGGUCUAAUAGAUGAAAAAACUGAAAAACAUCUUGAAUCACAAGGAUUUCCGACUAUGGAGGAAAGUGACAUAAUUCAAUGUUUUCUUCACAGCCUAUUUGUAGACCCGGAACAAAUCAUAUGCGCAAUAGUUGAUUGGAAAACCGUAUUGCACGUAUCACCAGACAUGUUGCACAUAAUUUCAAGAAUCCAACCAAUAAUUGAUGAUCUAAAUAUUCAAUACUCAACUCGUCAAACAGGACAGAAUUCUUCUUACAUUCAGGUCGUUCAGACAGAUGACUUUCAAAAACUAUCAACAAAAGAAAGGAAGGAAAAGAUAGAAAAAACAUUAUCUCAAAUUGCAGCUGAAGCAUGCGCAGUUGAUAUAACAAUGAUUAAGUUAGACACAAAGUUUGCUUCUUUGGGAAUGGAUUCAAUGAAAGGAAUGGCUUUUAUCAACAGUAUUUACAAGUACAUCAGUUGUAAAAUUCCUGUCCUUGCUGUUCUAGAAGAAGAAUCAACCAUAGCAAGUGUCGCGGAAAUCAUAUUGGAACAGAUUCAGGUUGAAAUAAGCAAAUUUGAAAAUCCAGCAAUUGGAAAAGAUGCAAUGAAAAAGAGUGUUAUGACUGAAAAGGUGCAAGACUUAAAGACAGAAAAGUUGAAAGAGAACACAAAAUUACAAGGUAAUUCUUAA